CAUCAGUACCGGUGUAGACAGUAUUCUGGAAUGAUGAGUUGUAACCAAGCAGAGUUAUUGGCAAAGCUUGUGCAUAUGAAGAAGGAACUAGCAAGAAAAGAGAAAAAACUUAAGAAAUGUGCUCGAGCAGCCUCUGCCAAGGAGUAUGUAAAAAGGCGGUUAAGAGAACAAGAGGUACUAGAAGGGAAGACUGAUAUGCUUCACGUGACCUCUGACACUUGUCUUCCUCAAGUCUCUUCUGAUACAUGCCAAACCAAUAAGUCUCCUUGUCAAAGGUCAAGCCACAGUACUGUUUUAGUGGGACUGACCAACCCUGGCUACUACACAAUAAAAAGACAUCUUGUUAGCACUGACAAUUCUGACAAAGAUGGAAAUGUGGAAAUAGUUUCUGUUCACACAAAUAAGUGUUUACAACCUGAUAAGCAAAUAUCUGAAGAAAGUGGCAAAUGUUUCUUUGACAACAGAAGACAGGAUGAUGGGGUCUCUGCUGUAAGUAGUAGUUAUAGUAUCAAUUCAAUAACUGAGAUUCCAAGAAAAGAAACUGACGAAACCUUAAACUGGAAUUCUUCAAGUGAAUCAAUGUCUAGUAAUGAACAACAAAGUAAGAGGUCUUUAUCACUUAAACGGAGAAGGAACACAUCAAAGUGCAUGGUGGAUACAUCAAUAUUAAACAAAGACCAUUCAGUUAACCUUUCUCAGGACCCUGAAUGUGUGCAGAAAACACAACAGAACAUUGGUAGAAAAUCAACAAAUACUACUGACUGUUCUAUGUUCAAAGAUGAGAAGAAAGAUGUUGCAUUAAAACAAAUAGAACAAAUUAACCCAUUGAAGCAAAAACACCCUGUUGGGAAGCUGAAGGAAACAAAACUAGGGUCAGAAAAAAGCAGAGUCAAGAGUAAGUGUGUGAAAAGAAGGCGAAGGACAAUUGGAAGAAUUCUGGAUAUUGAAUUGGAAAAGGAAAUAGAUAUCUCGGGAUCUUCCCAAAAUAGUGAGGAGUAUGAAACUCUGCGGUUAAUACAGCAGAGCUAUCGAUCAGGGGUAGACUACUCUACCCGACAUGGUAAAACUCAUAAUCUCCCUUCAAUGCUGUCUUCAAUAUUCCAGUACUUCAUUGACGAAAAUCGGCGACAGAAAGAUUGGAGUUAUUUUAGUCUUCCAGAGGAUCAGUUUGGAAGAAUGAUGCAGAAGCGUUUAAAUCCAAUGACAGAGGUGAAAUUUGAAAACACUCAUCAGGGAAAUCAGAGAUUUGAACCUCCAAUUGCAGAAUCAGGAUCAAAUUUCAUGGAAACUCCGCUGGAUUUUUUUCCCAUGGAUAGUAGGGUAAAGUCAACCAAUCAUCUUACAGAACUGAAAAUUAAGAACAGUUUUAAAGCUAAGGAAUUGGAGAGUAGUGAAGAUUUUUUGUUAUCUCAUCAUCAUGAUAAAUCUACUCCUGGAGUGUUUUUACCUUAUUCCUAUACAGGAGAUGUAAAUGGUAACAAAAUUGAACCUAUCACUAAAGAAUCACCUCUUGUACCAGUAUCAGUGGACUGUCCAGGUCUCUGCCCAUGUGACCAUGCCAACCAGGAACACAGCAAAGACUGUCUUAAAACAGAUUUAGAUCAUUUGUGUAAAAAAGAACUGUCUGUGAACUCGGACAGUUCAGUAUUUAACAAUGAAGUCACAUUGUCAAGGAAUUGUUUUAAGAGCCUAGAAACACCCAAGCGUGGAACAGAAAGCUACAGUGAAGAAUCUAUUACCAUGUCACCUGCCUUAUUUACCUCUCCACCAAACAGCCUGGAAACUAAGGAUUCUUCCUCUUCUAGAGAUUGUGGCUCACAGGAUAGCCAGAUCAACAACCCUUACAGAGUAAAUAAAGGCGAGAGGCUCAAACACCUCGGCUGUAUACAGUUAUCACAGAAUGAGUCCCUGAGGUGUGUUGCUGCUUGUUGUAUACAGAUCAUUCGUCGCAGGACUGAUGUAUUAUUAUGUAUUGGCCAAUCAACAAUGAGUCUAUGGAACCAGAGGGGAAACACAUACAUCUGUGUUAACACAUGGCAGCUUGAACAGGACUACAGUUCUGUGGAAUGCUAUACAUACCCUGCUGUGUUUAGGGACAAUUUCUGUUACUUUGUGGUUGUACUGCGUGGUACUGAAUGCUCUGUUCAUGUGGUUCACUUCAACGCCAGAAAAGACAAAGCAGAGCUAGUGCAGUGUUUAACAGGAAAUAGUGUAACUGCCUGCUGCCUCAAUGUAGAAGCUUUAGCCGUGGGCCACACUGACCAUGAUACUACUAAAGUGGUCAAAUAUUUGGUGGACAGUGAUGGUCAGCUGAUAUCACAACAGGAAUUUGACCACUGCUCAGACAGUUUGACUACACCGAAGCGUUUGAUGCUGGUGGAAAAUCUCCCAUCAGCAUUAGCUCUCUGGUCCUCCAAUAACACAUUAGUGCUAUGGAAUAUUGAAACAGGGACACUGGUAUGGACACUUGAACUUUCAAUGACCUGGCCUGAGGACUCCACAUUAGUCUCAGUACAAUGGCAGCAGGAGUAUUUUUUGCUGUCUUUGCUUAAUGACAAGAAAUCUGAUGAUGCUGGUGUUCUAUUGGUGAUAAACCCAGAGACAGAAAUAAGCAAAGAAUUGGUCCACUAUUCUGCCAUUAUGUGGGAGGGAGUGAAGUGUGUUGGACAGCUGGAUGACCGAAUUGUUGCCACAGACUACAGAGGCCAGACUUGUGUGUGGGACCCUUACACUGGCCACCUGGCAUAUCAGUGUGAUCCCUCCACAGGUAUCAAAGGUCUUGGCAACUAUUGGAGGAAACUCAUCACCAUGUUCACCAAUUGUGUACACAUCUUUAAGUGACAUCAUUGUGUACACAUCUUUAAGUGACAUCACUGUGUAUACAUCUUUAAGUGACAUAACUGUGUACACAUCUUUAAGUGACAUCAACUUUUUCUACAAAUUUCCACUAGUCAUAAAUAACUUAGUGAAUUGUGACCAAAUUUGGACUGAACCAUUAUAAGCAGUGGGU